CGGGGGCGGGGCUGAGAAUGCUUUGAACACAGAUGCGGAGCGGCUCUUCUGCUCUGAGCGGAGCGCCAGUGAGACGAACAGCACCAUGACUGCGAACGCAUACGACGUGAUUGUGAUUGGCGGAGGCAUCUCAGGUCUGAGUGCCGCCAAGCUGUUGGUGGAGAGCGGCCUGAAUCCUGUGCUCCUGGAAGCCAGAAACCGUGUUGGUGGAAGAACCUACACUGUUCAGAAUAAGGAAACCAAAUGGGUGGAUCUAGGAGGAGCAUACAUUGGGCCCACUCAAAACCGCAUUCUGAGAAUAGCCAAACAGUACGGCGUGAAAACAUACAAAGUCAACGAGGAGGAGUCUCUGGUUCACUAUGUGAAGGGCAAAUCAUAUCCAUUCAAAGGGCCUUUUCCUCCAAUGUGGAACCCUCUUGCCUACCUGGACUACAACAACCUCUGGAGGACAAUGGACAAGAUGGGAAUGGAGAUUUCUAAAGAAGCUCCAUGGAGGGCCCCUCAUGCGGAAGAGUGGGACAAGAUGACUAUGCAGCAACUCUUUGACAAAAUUUGUUGGACCAGCGCCGCUCGUCGCUUUGCCACUCUGUUCGUCAAUGUGAACGUGACCUCCGAGCCCCAUGAGGUGUCUGCUCUGUGGUUCCUCUGGUACGUCAAGCAGUGUGGAGGCACCAUGAGAAUCUUCUCUACCACAAAUGGAGGCCAGGAGCGCAAGUUUGCCGGAGGUGCCAAUCAAAUCAGUGAGGCGAUGGCGAGAGAGCUGGGUGACCGUGUGAAGCUGGGCAGAGCUGUCUACAGCAUUGACCAGACUGGAGACCUGGUGGAGGUCAGGACAGUUAAUGAGCAGAUAUACAAGGCCAAAUAUGUUAUACUUGCCAUACCACCAGGCCUGAACUUGAAAAUCCAUUUCAACCCUGAACUACCACCUCUAAGGAACCAGCUCAUUCACAGAGUCCCCAUGGGCUCAGUUAUUAAAUGCAUGGUGUACUACAAAGAGAACUUCUGGAGGAAGAAGGGAUACUGUGGCAGCAUGGUGAUUGAGGAGGAUGAAGCACCUAUUGGUCUCACUCUUGAUGACACUAAGCCUGAUGGGUCUGUGCCUGCUAUAAUGGGUUUCAUCCUGGCACGAAAAUCCAGGAAAUUAGCCGGCCUGACGAAAGAGGAGAGAAAGAGAAGGAUCUGUGAGAUUUAUGCUCGUGUGCUUGGCACAGAAGAAGCAUUACAUCCUGUGCACUAUGAGGAGAAAAACUGGUGUGAGGAGGAGUACUCUGGUGGCUGCUACACUGCCUACUUCCCCCCUGGUAUCAUGACACAGUAUGGCAGGGUUCUGAGGGAGCCGGUGGGCAGGCUGUACUUCGCAGGAACUGAAACGGCCACAGAGUGGAGCGGUUACAUGGAGGGGGCUGUGCAAGCUGGAGAGAGAGCCAGUAGAGAGAUUUUGUGUGCAAUGGGAAAACUCCAUGCGAGUCAGAUCUGGCAGUCAGAGCCUGAAUCAUUGGAUGUCCCGGCCUGGCCAUUUGUCACCACAUUCUGGGAAAGAAACUUGCCAUCGGUUGGGGGACUCUUUAAAUUCAUGGGCGUGUCCUCCUUCCUGGCUCUGGCCACAGCAGCAGGAGUGGUCGCCUACAAGAAGGGGCUCCUCCCACUUUCACAACCUGUUCUAUGAGCUGGCCUUGUGAUUGUGGCGUUUAAUCACCUAAUCACGGUCAUAACGCUGCCUGGGUUUGUGGCCGAGUUUGAUGAGAUUUGACAAACAAUUGCUCAGUCAUUGUUAAAAAUUAACCAAGUGAUUAUUAUGGCAUAAUGAGUAGCUACUAAUUGUUAAUGUGGGAAUUGCCCUGUCAAAGAGUUCACUAGCCACAUUAAAGCAACCGAACCUGUGACAUUCCACAACCAUUCAUUACGUGUGUGAGAGAGUGUGUGUGUUUUUCACCAGUCUUGUUGAUUACCUCUGAUACAUUAAUUUCAGGUGCUGUUCUCAGGAACUCGUUAAUUAACCUUCCAAAAUAUUGAAGUAACAUUACAGAGAUUAGAUUAGCAUUUAGCAAUGCAUUUUAUUGUACUCUAUAACAGAGACUUUGAGAAUAUCUUCUCUACAUCACAACACAACACAGAAGCUGUAUUAGCUUCAGUACAAUUCACUAUAUCAUUCAUGAGAGAAGCAGAGGCUGUUCAUAUCACAUUCAUUCUCGAUUCUCAACAUACAAUGUUAAACAACAAUUAGUACAGACUGGCUUUAUGUGUCUGGUAGUAUGACGAAGUGAAGUCUAUCAGUCAUAGAGAGCUGAUUUGAAGGUUGUCCCAGUGUUUUAUGUCAUUUCUAAAAGCUGCUGUGUGAUUGAAUCAUAUGAAACCAUUUGAAUGUACUUUUACAUAUAGUCGAUUUUUUUAAUGUAACAGACCAGUGUAUACUUGAAAUAUGAAUUUGUUUUUGACAUUUGACAUUUAUUUUCAACCAUCCAUUGUUUAACAGUUCUCUAAUUCCAUAGUGUAUUAUUAAUAGUAAAAUAAAAACGAUAAAAUGUAAUUAAAUGUUAAUUUGUAAAGAAAUGUAAAACCCGUUUAUCUCAGUGGUUUAAGUUUUUUCUUUUUUCCUUAUCUACCAAUCUUGUGAUAGAUAGAUAGAUAGAUAGAUAGAUA